GCAGGCCGCGGGCAGCUGUGUGUCUGCCUCCUUUUGACAGCCGCCAGUGCGAACGGCUGCCAGCAUGUCAUCAGUGAGCCCCAUCCAGAUCCCCAGCCGCCUCCCGCUGCUGCUCAUCCACGAGGGCGUCCUGCUGCCCGGCUCCACCAUGCGCACCAGCGUGGACUCGGCCCGCAACCUGCAGCUGGUGCGGAGCCGCCUUCUGAAAGGCACGUCGCUGCAAAGCACCAUCCUGGGCGUCAUCCCCAACACGCCUGACCCCGCCAGCGACGCGCAGGACCUUCCGCCGCUGCACAGGCGCACCUAUGUUGGCAGCAUGCCUGGUCGCAUCAUCAACGGCUUGAAGACUGUGGGAGUGAACAACCCAGUGUUCCUAUUAGAUGAGGUUGACAAACUGGGAAAAAGUCUACAGGGUGAUCCAGCAGCAGCUCUGCUUGAGGUGUUGGAUCCUGAACAAAACCAUAACUUCACAGAUCAUUAUCUAAAUGUGGUCUUUGACUUUUCUCAAGUUCUGUUUAUAGCUACCGCCAACACCACUGCUACCAUUCCAGCUGCCUUGUUGGACAGAAUGGAGAUCAUUCAGGUUCCAGGGUAUACACAGGAGGAGAAGAUAGAGAUUGCCCAUAGGCACUUGAUCCCCCAGCAGCUGGAACAACAACAUGGGCUGGCUCCUCAGCAGAUUCAGAUACCCCAGGUCAUCACUCUUGACAUCAUCACCAGGUAUACCAGAGAGGCAGGGGUUCGUUCUCUGGAUAGAAAACUUGGGGCCAUUUGCCGAGCUGUGGCUGUGAAGGUGGCAGAAGGACAGCAUAAGGAAGCCAAGUUGGACUGUUCUGAUGUGACUGAGAGAGAAGACCGAAUCUCACUCUGUUGCCCAGGCUGGAAUAGUGUCAUCUUGGCUCACACAACCUCUGCCUUCCCGGUUCAGGGACUGUUGACAUUCAGGGAUGUGGCCGUAGAAUUCUCUUUGGAGGAGUGGGAACACCUGGAACCAGCUCAGAAGAAUUUGUUUCAGGAUGUGAUGUUAGAAAACUACAGAAACCUGGUCUCUCUGGGUCUUGUCUCUAAGCCAGACCUGAUCACCUUUUUGGAGCAAAGGAAAGAGCCUUGGAAUGUGAAGAGUGAGGAGACAGUAGCCAUCCAGCCAGGUAGGUGGGAGUGA